CUUAAGCCAGAUACACUGUGUCCUAUAAUAGGAUGUUGCUGGAACGUAUGUGGAUGUUGUUGGAAUGGCCGCAGAGUUGCAGCAGCAGUACAGGAUGGAUUGUGGGCGACGGAACCGAACGGCCUUCAGGAUUCAAGUAGAGAAAGUGCACGGGGUAAUAUGCAGCGAGUCUGGUCUGUCUGCUUUGGAAGAGAAACAUUUGGCCAAAAGAGCAAGACACAGCCAGGAGGAUGAUUGUUAUUAUGUUCAAGAGAUGUUUGACCCGGUCAGGGUGACACACUUUAGUGAGGGCAGCAGUAUCCUAGAGGACACUACAGACAGUGACGGAGACAUCUCAGAGCGCGAGGUGAGAGGUUGAGUUUUUUGUUACUCUCUCUACGACAUACUUUUCAUGCCAGGUA